UGGAGUAAAUUCUCAAUCAAAUAUAGGUAUUUUUCCCACUUUUACUCUCCUUCAUUUUCUGGCUGGCAGGCUGGACUUUAGUAGUGGUAACUUUGGUUUUAUUCUCUCAGAAUCAGUCCCUGAGCCUAUGAUGUUAUCAAACUAAACUGCGGUAGGCUCACUGGGCCAGUAAGGCCAAAUACCCACACCAAGGUUUGCAGCAGGAGAAAGGAAGGCAUUUAUUUGCAGGGCACCAAGAAAGGAUAAUCAGGCAGUUCAGGCUUAAGUCCCAACUUCCCCAAUGGCUUUCAGGUAAGGGUUUUCUUAAAGGAAAGUGUAAAUUUCAGGAAAGCAGAAGUUACAGGCAAAAUCAUAAAUCAAUACAUAGAGGUUACACAAUGUUUGGCCUAAAGUCAUACGUAGAUUUAAAGUUCAUCUGAUUUGCAGUUGGUUAAAAAAGAGAAGCUUUGUUUAAAAAUUUGGGGUGGGCAUAAAAGAACUUUAGCUUGUGGCUCCUGGAUGUGGCUUCCUCCAGUCCCUUCAGGAAAAAAUGUAGAACAAAGAACAUAAGUGAUCUGAGUUUAGUCCUUAGCAUCCCCAUUUGGUGUGGAUCCAGAUUUCAGCAAACCAACUCAGGGAUGUUUGUUACCUUUAGUUUCUAACUUUCUUGCCUAUGGUUUUGAGCUAUUAUUACCUUCUUGCUUAUCAAGUUCCUUAUAUACUUCUCCAGGCUAGCUAGGUCCCUGGAAGAAAUUCAAGAUUUUUCUUUAAUUCUAUGUUUGGGUGGGCCCACAGGCCAAGAGGGGUCCCUGCUCCCUCUCAAUGAUUCAAGUGAGAAUAAUUUAUCUGGAAAAUGAACUUAGGAAAUACUGGGAAAGCAAUGAGGAAAUAAGAUGGAAUGCUAGUUAAGAAAGUAUGGUUAUCAUCAAGGUUACUAAUGUGUAUAAUGAAUUUGUUCUUGCUGGGGUAUUCUUGGCAUUUGUAACAAGGCACCUCAUAGGUUUCUUCCUGAAACCUAAGAGUAGGAGUAUUUAUGAUGCACUGUCAUCAAUCUUGGCAAAGGCAGAGUGUUAGUGAAGCAGGAGAGUUCCCUGACCCCUCUACAGGAUGUGUGACAGGGGUGUGGCUUGUGUGUUCAGCACCAUGCACUUAAAUCCCUUACAGGAAGGGGAGCAUGCAGACAGGCAGGUGCAAGAGCUCAGGUGAGUGUUUUGGGGCUCCGUCCGCUUGGUAACGUCUAGGGGUGGGUACCUAUGAUUUCCAAAGCCCAAGUGGGAGUGUGUUUCAGUGCAUUCUUCUAGCUUUGCUGUCCAUAGAUGGCUUAAGUGUUAACCAGCUCAGUGCCCUCUUGAUACCCAGGUCCUUGUCUGCCAUCCAGGAAGAAUCACAUUACACAUGGACUUGAAGGAUAAAUUCAGGGAUCUUAUUAAGUGGUGUAGGUGGCUCUCAGUGGGAUGGAUGGGGAACUGGAAAGGGGAUGGAGUGGGAAGAUGAUCUUCCCCUGGAGUUUGGCUAUCCAGUGGCUCAUCUCCUCUCUGAUCAUUCCCAGCCAGACUCCUUUCGGCAUUCAGACGUUCCUUUUCUUCUUGCCUUCUCUACCACACUGUCCUGCCAUUCUUAUGCUCUUCUGUUAAUCUCCUCAUAGGUUCUGGAGCCUGGGGUCUGAGGUUUAUAUGGGCACAGGAUAGGGGAGCAUGACAGGCCAAAAGGCAACUUUUGGGCAUGAAAACAGGAAUGCCUGUUCCCAAUUAGGGCCAUGGGUUUCCAGACUUGCAGAUGGGGCCUUUGCCAGGGAACCACUCUUUUGUACCCAUUAUUCCCCUAUCUCCUGUCCAUCUAAUUAGUUUUCUGACACCUUGGUAACUGACAAAGCAAAUCAAAGCUUUGGGCAAAAGGGUAUAUAGAGUCAACCUUUCAAGCACUGAUAGGGCUCUGGGGCUACACUCUCUAGCUCUAGCCUCUCCCUUAUCGGCACUGUCAUAUAGCUUGAUAUGGUGAUCCUGACUCCUCUGCAGCCAUCUAGGAGAUGAAAUAUUACCUGUAAACUUUUAUUUUACUAAUAGCUCAUUUUCACUUUGUAUUCACCUAUGACCGCUUAGAUACUAAAAAACAAAAAAAAAAUUGACUCUGAAAAAAGAGUCCUCACAUAUAAUUUCAGAAGCACUGCCUUAGAGGGCUUCUAGUUCUGGUCUUAUAUCCCAGUCAUGGAAAUGGAGCAUUCGCAAUUUUAUAUUAUUUCAGUAGAGCCUCAAAGCAGAGAGGAUGUAGGACAUGUACCACACUUCCCUGGGAAGAGCUCGGGGACACCGUGAGCUUAUUUAGAGAUGAACGUGAACACACCCUUAAAGACCUAUGUACAUCUUCACAUCCUUAAUAGUAACCACAAGCUCCAGAUGGGCUGUCUACCCCAACCCAUUCACCAGCCAGAUGAGAGCCAAGUUCAGAGCAGGAGCUGGCCACCAGAGGAAUCCAAGCAUUAGUGCAGACCACAGAGUGCAUGAGCUGGUUUAUCAGACAUUUCCACUGGGCCUGGGAGAUGGGCAAUUCUAUUCAUGGACAGAUGGUUUGAGAAGAAAGGACUGGCAUGACUAUGAAAGCAUUCAGAAAGAGGCUAUGCGCUCAGGGAAAGGUGAACAUGGGAAACCUUACCCCCUUACUGAAGAGGACCAUGAUGACUCAGCUUACAGGGAAAAUGGUUUUAAUAUUUUCGUCAGCAACAAUAUUGCGCUGGAGAGGUCUCUGCCAGAUAUUCGUCAUGCUAACUGUAAGCACAAGAUGUAUCUGGAAAGGCUGCCAAACACCAGCAUCAUUAUCCCAUUUCAUAAUGAAGGUUGGACUUCACUCCUGCGGACCAUACACAGUAUAAUUAACCGAACCCCAGAGAGUCUGAUAGCAGAAAUCAUUCUAGUAGAUGACUUCAGUGAGAGAGAACACCUGAAGGAUAAAUUGGAAGAAUACAUGGCCCGAUUUUCCAAAGUGAGGAUUGUUCGCACCAAGAAAAGAGAAGGACUCAUCAGGACCCGUCUCCUGGGGGCAUCUAUGGCCAGAGGAGAAGUCCUGACGUUCCUGGACUCCCACUGCGAGGUCAAUGUGAACUGGCUGCCCCCACUCCUCAACCAAAUUGCACUAAACCACAAAACCAUCGUGUGUCCCAUGAUCGAUGUCAUUGACCACAAUCACUUUGGGUAUGAGGCACAAGCUGGGGAUGCCAUGCGAGGAGCCUUCGACUGGGAAAUGUACUACAAAAGAAUCCCCAUCCCUCCAGAGCUCCAGAGGGCAGAUCCCAGCGACCCUUUUGAGUCUCCUGUUAUGGCUGGAGGUCUCUUUGCUGUGGAUCGGAAAUGGUUUUGGGAAUUGGGUGGCUAUGAUCCAGGUUUAGAAAUCUGGGGCGGAGAACAGUAUGAAAUCUCUUUUAAGGUUUGGAUGUGUGGAGGAGAAAUGUUUGAUGUUCCGUGUUCCAGAGUUGGUCAUAUCUACAGGAAGUACGUUCCAUACAAAGUUCCAUCUGGGACCAGCCUGGCAAGAAACCUGAAGCGGGUAGCUGAGACCUGGAUGGAUGAAUUUGCCGAGUACAUUUACCAGCGGCGGCCGGAGUACAGGCAUCUCUCCACGGGGGACAUCUCUGCCCAGAAGGAGCUGCGCAAGCAGCUCAAGUGCAAGGACUUCAAAUGGUUCAUGGCUGCUGUGGCCUGGGACGUGCCUAAAUACUACCCUCCAGUGGAGCCCCCGCCUGCUGCCUGGGGGGAGAUCCGAAAUGUGGCGGCAAAUCUCUGUGUGGACAGCAAGCAUGGAGCCACCGGAACAGAGCUGAGGCUGGACAUCUGUGUCAAGGAUGGUUCUGAAAGAACAUGGUCUCAUGAACAGCUUUUUACCUUUGGAUGGAGAGAAGAUAUUCGACCUGGUGAGCCACUGCAUACCCGGAAAUUCUGCUUUGAUGCGAUCUCACACAACAGCCCCGUGACACUCUAUGACUGUCAUGGUAUGAAGGGGAACCAGCUCUGGGGAUACCGGAAGGACAGAACAUUAUUCCAUCCUGUGAGCAACAGCUGCAUGGAUUGCAACCCCGCAGAGAAGAAGAUUUUCAUGGCCAGAUGUGACCCUCUCUCUGAGACUCAGCAGUGGAUUUUUGAACAUAUUAAUAUGACUGUUUUAGAAAAAUUUAACCACCAUGCCAGCUCCUAGAAAGAAGGAAGGAAGAAAAAGUGAUUACCUACAGAUUAUAAAUGAAAUUUUAGCCAGCAUCUGGGUCGAAGGAGUCAGGAAUAACAUUUCCUCGAUCCAGGAAGGCUGGUUUAAAGAUUUGUAAAUGCCAUGUCAAAGUAGGUUGUUUUGAAGAACUUCCUGCAUCUGAAGAACUUGGCUGAGAAUCUCACCAGCUGCUUCUGAGAACUCGAGACUAGCAGUUCCCUUGCUGGCCAAGGGCAAAGAUAAUUUAGGGACUUUUCAAAACAACUGCUGAGCUAAUAAAUCCUAGCAUUUCUCAGGUCAAAUCCUGCAGUAGUGAGUAGCUAUGAAUGGAUCCUAUUAACUGGGUGGGAGGGGGGUGAAAACGGAGUGCAUGACUGCUCUGACAACCUGAGGAUAUCACAGGUUUAGAACUAGCCACGCUUAAAGGGUGAGCUGUACUCUUUGGUGCCAUUCUCUGACUAAGAAUGGGUUAAGCAGGUUUAACCCUUAAAAGUGCUGCAGAUGAUUUCAGAGUGCUCAUACUAUUCUGUUUUGUUUUGUUUUUUUAAGUGAGGGUGCAAUAUCUAAUGUAAGACUUCAAUUACAUAAUGAAAUGGACAUCCAGUGUUCCCAUUCUUUCGUUUACAUUUGCCUUUUUGUUUUUUCAGAGCAAAGGUUUUUUAUUGUUUGUGGAAGUUCACCUCCUUGAAUCCACUGGAUUUCUAAUUCACUGCCCUUCUAUGAAUCCAGUUAAAAACAAAAACAAAAACAAAAAUCUGUGCUCUCAAGUUACUCCAAAGAAAGAUCUCACAGAAGCAGCAAAACCAUAUAAGAUUUAGGAGAAGGACUUCCCUGGGAAAUCUAUUUUUACUUUUCUAUUAUUUUUAAAACCUUAAAAGUCUGAUAUUUGUCCAGUCAUAAUUUUUAUUAAGCAAGGAAAUGGAGUGAGGUUGAUGUAAUUAGUUUAGGAGAUUCUUAAACCCAAAUAAAUCUACACUCCAAGUGAUAUAUGAAAAUGGCUUGGUUCACUUCAAUUCUGUUUAAUCAGUGGUGGGAGCAUACAAGUGGUUUCAUUUGUUCGUUUGUUUAUUUGGGUUUUGCUUUUGUUUUUUAUUUUUUUUCUCGUUGUCAUUCUUUUGUAGUGUUGAUAUUAAUGACAUUCUUUUAUUUGGAAGCUCAUAAAAGGAAUUACCAUUAGUAAAGUGUUUCUGACACCAUUUUCGGUUAAUGGGACAAUAUUUCAGGGAUGAAGAAAGGAAUGCUCUGAAAACUAAAUGGAACAAUUAAUCCUUAAAACAAUUUUUUACUGUUCAAUAAUAUCAAGAUGGGGGAAGAAUAUACAGGUAUCAAGGUGGUUCUCGAGAAAAAAGAAUCAUGUUUAUGACACAUCUCUUAAGUUUUUUCAGUAUAAAAGUGUUUUAACUUUGCUUUCUUUUUGUUUUUUGUUUGAAGUUGGUUUUCCUGUUAAUAAAAAUUUAUAUAACAUCUUGGAUCUAGAGCAUUAAAUUUUAGAACUGGGAAGACUCCUAGGAUCCAAUCCCUUUGCUUCUUCAGAUGAAUAAUAAAAGCCCAGAAAGGCCCAA